ACGUGCCGCGAGCGCGGCCCGGCCGACCUCUGGCCAUGGGGCACUGCCGCCUGUGCCACGGCAAGUUCUCCGCGCGGAGCCUGCGGGACAUCUCCGGGAGGGCGCCUGGGGACAGUGCGGAGAGGCCCUCCUCCGGGAGCCGGGUCUUCGUCAGGGACUUCCAGUGUCUGCUGGGGGUGGCCGUCCGCCAGGACCCUGCGCUGUCCCCGUUCGUCUGCAAGAACUGCCAUGCCCAGUUCUACCAGUGCCACGGCCUCCUCACGUCCUUCCUGCAGAGGGUCAACACCUCACCAUCGCGCCCCCGGAAGCCGUGCGCACAGGUCGGCGCCCACCCCCUGGCAGGCUCGGAGGAGGGAGCGCGUCUGGUGGACCUGACUAGCCCGAGCACCCAGGGCCUGCACGGCUUGGUGGGGUGGGUGCACGGACAUGCGGCCAGCUGCGGGGCCCUGCCCAGCCUCCAGCGCACGCUAUCCUCCGAGUACUGCGGCAUCGUCCGGGCUGUGUGGGGCUGUGACCGGGGCCACGACUACACCAUGGAUGCUGAGGCCAGCUGUGGGGCCCGCUGGCGGGGCAGCCACCCGGCCGUCCAGUGGGCGUGGGAUAAGGAGGCCCAGCAUCGGGGAUCCGCCCCUGCGGGGGCCACCCCACAGGUCGGCCAGGGCAGAGCAGCCGGGGCCGGGCCCGAGGCCCAGACAGAGAUGCUGCCCGGCUCGGACCUGGCGCAGCCGCCUUCGGAUGGCAACCCCGUGGGGCCUGGGCCUGGCCCCCCGCCUCAGCCCAGCCACCCCCCAAGGGGGACCCCAGGGCGAUUGGUGGAGAAGCAGGUCCCGUCUCCAACUGCGGAUGAUCGGGUAAAAGACGAGUUCAGUGACCUUUCUGAGGGGGACUUGCUGAGCGAGGACGAAAACGACAAGCGGCAGAACCCCCCGUCCUCCGACGAGUCCUUCGAGCCUUACCCAGAAAAGAAGGUCUCUGGUAAGAGGAGUGAAAGCAAAGACGCCAAGAAGCCUGAAGAACCAAAAAUUCGAAAGAAACCUGGGCCCAAGCCCGGCUGGAAGAGCAAGCUGCGCGGAGAGAGGGAGGAGCUGCCCACCAUCUACAAGUGCCCUUACCAGGGAUGCACCGCUGUGUAUCGAGGGGCCGACGGUAUGAAGAAGCACAUAAAGGAGCACCACGAGGAGGUACGGGAGAGGCCCUGCCCCCACCCAGGCUGCAACAAGGUGUUCAUGAUCGACCGCUACCUGCAGCGGCACGUGAAGCUCAUCCACACAGAGGUGCGGAACUAUAUCUGCGACGAGUGCGGACAGACCUUCAAGCAGCGCAAGCAUCUCCUGGUCCACCAGAUGCGCCACUCGGGAGCCAAACCUCUGCAGUGCGAGGUCUGCGGGUUCCAGUGCCGCCAGCGGGCGUCCCUCAAGUACCACAUGACCAAGCACAAGGCCGAGACGGAGCUGGCCUUCGCCUGUGACCAGUGCGGCCGGAGGUUCGAGAAGGCCCACAACCUCAAUGUGCACAUGUCCAUGGUGCACCCACUGACACAGGCCCAGGACAAGACGCUGCCCCCUGGGGCGCGGCCAGGCCAGGCCGUGAAGCCCGAGCCCACCUGAGGCCCAGCCCAGGUGGUGGCGGAUGAUGGUGUGUCCUGACCCCCGUGCUGGCCCAGUGCGAAGUGGCCAGGGGCUCGGCCCGCGCCUCAGGGCCCUUCCGGGCUCCGUGCUGGCCGGCAGUUUCCACAAACACUGACCCCUCCCCCUACCGAAGCAGUCAGGAGAUUGUGACCCACUUCUUAGCACAAGGAGAGCUCGGCGUCGUGCUUGUAAUAAAUUAUUUACAAUGCGAGGGGUGCGUCAGACAGUUGGGCUCCGGGGCGGGGGUGGCCUGCUGCCGGCUCGGGAGGGCGGCGCUCAGCUCGGGGUCGCAGUGUCCGCAGGUGGCCAGCAGCUGGAGGAGACCAGAGUGAGUGGGGAAGCAGGGCCUGGCAGCCCCCUCAGCAGGGCACGGGUGUGCUCACCUCUGCCGCCUGUGUGCGGCUCCAUCUCGGGCACCUGGGUGCCAUCUGCAGCAGAAAGAGCCGCGCUUGCAUCAGCAGGCCCACGGGGCUGUCCUGCAGGGCAGCAGCAGAGCCCAGGUCAGCAGCCUGCCGGGUCUCAGCCUGCAGCCCUGGGGACAUCUCGCUGGCUGGCUGGGACCUGCCUCGUCCUGGAGAUCCUGCCUCCCACCAUCCGCAGCGGGUGCCGCGCCGGUCUCCCCGGACACAAACAGGCAGGUCAGCUUCAGGUACAUGUCCACUGCCACGGGCAGGAAGGUGUCUUCACCCUCGAGGGAGUCUUGGUCGAAGUAGGGGAGCAGGCUGCGGCAGAGCGGGUGAGGUGAGGUCCAGAGGCGGGCCCAGGCGGAGCCCCGCCCUGCACCUGCCCCACUGACCUGUAGAAGGCGAGAGGCAGCAGCCGGAGGAGCUGGUCUGGGGCCAGUCGUGGCAGGACCCAGGCCAGGUUGCUGCUGUCUGCGGGGACCAUGGGGUGUCAGUGCCACGCUGCCCUCCUCCAGCGCUGGGGGCUUGGCUGCACCUGUCCUGAUGCCCCCGGGCUUGGUGUCCUCUGGGGACCCCAGCUGGUGCCCAGCACCUCCUUACCCAUCUCUGUCACCCGGAAGAGCCCCAGCCAGGGGAGCCGCCGCUUCUGCACACACCUUAGGGUCUCGGCGCAAACGCCCAGGGCCUGCUGGGCACUGAGUGUAGCCUGUGCGCAGAGGAGGCCUCAGCCUGAGCCUCGCACCCACUACCCGCCGCGCACCCUGCGUGGCGACCCUCAGACCCACUCGUCUGGCAUGACUCACUUGCGGGUCGAGGCGCGAGGCCAGCAGGCUGGUCACGCAGAAGAAGAACAGGAAGAGCAGCAGCUGGAAGGAAGGGGCACUCAGGGCCGGCUGGGGGGGCCACCCACAGGCCGCCCCCAGAUCACUCCACCUGUGCAGAGGAGCUGCCCCUCCUCGAGGGCUUUAGACUCCCAGAACCUGCGGGCAGUGACCCCACACCCGGCCUGCCUGGCCCGAGAGGCAGUGGAUACGAAGCCCCGCCUGGUGCUGUAGUUAGCAGGGAACCCACCCCCACGGCAAGCAGGACCGUGCGGCCCUGGGGACACUCGGACACGGUGCCCACCCUGCCUCACCUCCUCUCCCAGGGCGUCCAGCUGAGGCAGCGUGCUCCCGGGCCCGGCUCGCUGGAUGGACAGGUGCAGUGCCGCCGCGGA